AUCGCUAUCGAUGCAGCGGCUGCGACGGUAGCUGAGCACAAGAUGACCUUUGGUCAGGCGGUUCGCUUGUACCCGAAGGCGAUUGGUUGGUCCAUCCUUCUUUCCACCGCCGUCAUCAUGGAAGGUUACGACACAAAUCUCCUCGGCUCGUUCUACGCCUACCCCCAAUUUGCGCGCAAGUAUGGCGUCCUCCAGUCCGAUGGUUCCUAUCAAGUAACCGCGGCGUGGCAAUCCGGCCUGUCGAAUGGUGCCCAGAUCGGCGAGAUCCUUGGCCUUUUCAUCAACGGCAUCGUUUCCGAACACUACGGCUAUCGCAAGGUGAUGAUGGCCUCUUUGAUCGCAGUCAUCGGGUUCAUUUUCAUUAACGUAUUUUCACCCAAUACUACCGCCCUUCUUUUUGGCGAGAUUCUAUGCGGGAUCCCCUGGGGUGUCUUCCAGACGCUCACCACUGCCUACGCUGCCGAAGUUUGCCCAGUCGUGCUGCGCGCUUACCUGACAACAUACGUGAAUUUGUGCUGGGUACUGGGCCAACUCAUAUCCUCGGGCAUCCUGCGUGCCCUACUCAGCAGAACGGACGAAUGGGCCUACCGUAUCCCCUUCGCCAUCCAGUGGGUCUGGCCUGUCUUCAUCUGUAUCGGCGUGUUCUUCGCACCCGAAUCGCCUUGGUGGCUUGUCCGCCACGGAAAAGUCGCUGAAGCCGAACAUGUCCUCCGCCGGCUCACACGCAAAUCAUCCGGCGUACCAUUUGAUGCGUCCGCCACCGUGGCGAUGAUGAUUUAUACAAAUGAGCAUGAGAGGGAGAUCACAGCGGGAACGUCCUACUGGGAUUGUUUCAAGGGCAGUGAUCUGCGUAGGAGCGAAAUCGGCGCAGUAACAUGGGCGAUCCAAACUCUGUGCGGGAACGUAUUCAUGUCAUACUCGACGUAUUUCUUCGAGCAGGCGGGCCUCGCGACCGACUUCGCCUACGACUUCAGCAUCAUUAUGUAUGCGAUCGGCAUGGUAGGCACGAUAUCUAGCUGGUUCUUGAUGGGGUGGUUCGGGCGAAGAACGCUUUACAUCGGGGGACUCGCGGUAAUGACCGUGCUCAUGCUCGUCGUUGGCUUCCUCGCGCUCGGCACGGCAGACGCGGCAAAGUGGGCGCUUGCCUCGUUAGUCCUUGUGUAUACCUUCAUUUACGACUCGACCGUCGGGCCCGUGUGCUACUCCCUUGUCGCGGAAAUCCCAAGUACCCGCCUCCGCGCCAAGAGCAUUGUUAUCUCUCGCAACGUAUAUAACAUCGUCGGUAUUGUCGUCUCUGUCCUCGCCCCGUACAUGUUCAACCCCUCUGCGUGGAACUGGAAAGGCAAGGCAGGAUUCUUCUGGGGUGGUAGUUGCUUCUUGUGUUUGGUUUGGUGCUAUUUCAGGCUGCCAGAACCGAAGGGAAGGACAUAUGGUGAGCUGGAUGUACUGUUCGAGAGGAAGGUGCCGGCUAGGAAGUUCGCGUCAACUGUGGUUGACCCAUUCCACCACGGGAACAAGAUUGAAACCAAAGUGGAAGAGGCUCUAACGGAACAGGUGUAACAGGGCGUGACUGCCAAACAUAAUGUUUCAUAAUACUCCUUGGUUUUACCCUCACUGCUGAACUAGUCUAGUAUAUCUUGAUGCACUCUACGAAACUGUACGGUUAUUAGGUAUUCAUGU